UUCCCAGAACACUCAUGACAGUUGUUUUCCUAUCUCUGGGAAGGAGCUGGAUGGAUUCUAAAAUAUCUGAACACUGUAAACCUUUCCUUUUUCUAUACUUCAGGUAAACCCCUGCCCUACUGUUAUGGUAAUACUACCUGCCAAACGUUAUCUUGCCUUAUUGCUUUUAUUUUUCUUAUCAAAUGUGUAAGACAAUCAAGAUUCAUCAGCAGUAUAUGUGGGAGAUGGUCAGUUUCUUGCAGUUACAGCGUGACCUUUACCCAAAUUCUGCAGCUGCUUUCUCUUUGGGACCCUGCAGUCAACUCAAGGAUUCCCGCACCUCUGGGAAAUUACAAUAGUAGGAGGCAAGGAUAUCUCCAAGCCUGGUGUUUGAGGCAGCCAAUUCACUUGCAAGAAGCCGAGUCGGUGAUUCUGGGAGGAGGAAUCUCCAAAUGAAAAAUGAAGGAAAUCUGAGGAGAGCUCUGGUAUUUCUCUCUGCCUUCAAACAUGAAGGUUUUUAUUUUAAGGCUGCUUUCACCAGGCCCGUUGUUGGCUUACUUCUGAAGCAACAAACGAAGUCAGAAAUCAUCUGAUGCAAAGACAUAGUUAUGAAAUGAGAGCCUCAAAAAUGAGAAUGGGAAACCGUUCAGGCUGUAUUUUCACAGGGAAUUGAGCACCUUUUACUCAAGACCUGGCCACUUCAGAGCCGCCAAGAGUGCGGUUUGGGAAGGGCAAGACAUCUUAAAUUCCAGCCCUUGGCCACUCUAGUAGCGUUGCUGAGAGAUUUCCAACUCCUGGGAGUGAUGGAGCUGAAGAUGAAUAGGCUGAAAUCUUCCAUCCUGUCGGUUAUAGGGAAGGGGGAAAAAAAACGGUCAACUCUGGCCCCAAAGUAUUUUAUAAGGGGCUUAACUUUCGUGCGAUUCAAUAUUAGCAUCAUUAAGCCACAAGAGCAGUACGAAAAAAUAAAAAGGGAAGGAGAAAAACUCCGGCGCGCACGAACUCAAAAAAUAGAUUUUCAGUGCUCCCAACGCGGACGGAGCUGUUGGGGUCGCCUGGGUCCUCCGAGCGUCCCCGAAGUCGCAGCCGGGUCGCCCCUUCCUACAGUCGAGUCUCAACCAGCGCCGCGCCGCGGCGGGGGGAUCCGCUCGUCGUUCCUCAGACUUCAAAGCCGCGUCGCCGCCGCCUCCCCCGCCCGCCUGCGCGAAUAGUACGGUCCGAGGGGGCGGCUCCUGGGGCGCGGCUCCGGCGGCAGCUGAAGCGCGCCCGGCCGGCUGCGAGGCGGGAGCCGGAGACCUUGAGACCACGAGACCCGGAGACGCGGAGGCCCAGCCGACCGGCGCCGCGGGCGGGAGCCCUGAGGCCCCAGCAGAGGCAUCUUCCCCCGAGGGAAGCCUGGUCCGGGGAGCGCGCGGGCCCGUGGCCGCACCGUUUGGGAAGGAGGACGAGGAGGAAGCGGCGCUGCCUGCUGGCCGAGAGGAAGCGCUCCCCUCGGGCGUCCGACGGCGCUCGUUUAACCACAUCCGCGCCUCCGCUGGAAACGCUCAGAGGCGCCUGUCACCGGUUCCCUCCAUUUUGAAAGGAAAAAAUAGGCUCUCCCCCUUCCCCUCCCCUUAGGAGCUGGAGCCGGAGGAGCCGCGCUCAUGGCGUUCAGCCCUUGGCAGAUCCUGUCCCCGGUGCAGUGGGCGAAAUGGACGUGGUCUGCGGUGCGCGGCGGGGGCGCCGGAGAGGAAGAGGCCGGAGGGCCCAAGGGAGACCCCGAGGAGGAGGACUCGCAAGCCGAGACCAAAUCCUUGAGUUUCAGCUCGGAUUCUGAAGGUAAUUUUGAGACCCCUGAAGCUGAAACUCCCAUCAGAUCACCUCUCAAGGAAUCCUGUGAUUCGUCACUGGGAUUGGCAAGACCUGGGGCCAAAACACAAGAAUCACAAGAUGAUGAUGAACAGCUGGUAGCAGAAAUGGUUGAAAAAUGUUCCUCGGCUCCUUGCUCAAGAUCCUCAGAAAAUGAGGUACCACAACAGGCCAUUGAUUCUCACUUAGUCAAGAAUUUCAAAGAAGAACCUGAACAUGAUAUUAGCAAAGUUUCAGUGGUGAGGCCAUUUUCUAUAGAAAACAAGAAUUCUGUGGAUAUCCCAGCAGCUCUUGGAACAGCAGCUCAUGGCUUUGUACCUGUGGUCUCAGAUGAGGCCUCGCCCUUCAGCACACCAGAAGCCAUCCAGGGCAAGACAGUGACAGAAGACAGAAUGGCGGUUACACUAGAGGCUUCCAUAGAAACUGAUCUAAAAGCUGGAAACUCCUGUCCAGAACCUCUACCCAGCAGAAGCAAGCUAAGAAAGCCCAAACCACUCUCUCUGAGGAAGAAACUUACUGGCGGAGAGUUCUCAGAAACUGAAACACCUCUCCCGAAAGCAUCCUAUCAGUUCAAUCCCGAUGAAGUAGAUGACAGCACAGAUCCUUCUUUGCUCGGAGGUGUCAGGAUCCAGAAACCUCCCACUGAAGUUAAAGAAACAUCAAGCGCUCCCAGUAGUGACACCAAUGACUCGGGGGUUGAGCUGCUGGAGGAGUCGAGGAGCUCACCUCUGAAACUUGAGUUUGAGUUCACAGAAGAUGUGGAAAAUGUAGAGGCCAGGAAAGCCCUUCCAAGGAAACUUGGCAGGAAACUGGGUAAUAAACUGACUCCCAAGAUACAAAAAGAUGGCCUCAGUAAGGCAGUAGAUGUCAAAGAUGUAGAACAGCCUACAGAUCCAACAGCAGAAGCUCCUCUGCCCCAUGCAUCUUCCAUGCUGGAUCCUAGUCAGUGGGAUAACCCCAACUUUAAUCCCUUUGGGGGCCACUCCACUUUGCAGAACUCCCCACCCCUCAACUCUAAGGGCUCUUAUCACUUUGACCCGGAUAACUUUGAUGAAUACAUGGAUCCCUUUAAACCAACUGCAACUUUAACAAGCGGUGACUUUUGUUCUACCACUGGUAAUCAUGUUAAUGAAAUCUUAGAAUCACCCAAGAAGGCAAAGUCGCGUUUAAUAACGAGUGGCUGUAAGGUGAAGAAAUAUGAAACUCAGUCUCCUGCUUUGGAUGUGUGUUCUCAGGGUGAAGGAGCAGUGAUCUCCCAGAAUUCAGACAUUUCAAAUAGGGAUGGCCAUGCUACCGAUGAGGAGAAACUGGCGUCCACUUCAUCUGGUCAGAAAUCAGCUGGGGCCGAGGUGAAAGGCUUAGAGAAAGAGACGUGCCCGAAGAUGGAGAAAGACGGAUCAGCUGUGCCUGGACUGUUCAAGCCAUCUAUGGAGAAGGCGCCUGUGUCUGUGACCUGUGGCGGUGAGAGCCCCCUAGACGGGAUCUGCCUCAGUGAAUCAGAUAAGACAGCCGUACUCACCUUGAUAAGAGAGGAGAUCAUCACUAAAGAGAUUGAAGCAAAUGAAUGGAAGAAAAAGUAUGAAGAGACCCGACAAGAAGUCUUGGAGAUGAGGAAAAUUGUGGCUGAAUAUGAAAAGACGAUUGCCCAAAUGAUUGAAGAUGAACAGAGGACAAGUAUGACCUCUCAGAAGAGCUUCCAGCAACUGACCAUGGAGAAGGAGCAGGCCCUGGCAGACCUGAACUCUGUGGAAAGGUCUCUCUCUGAUCUCUUCAGGAGAUAUGAAAACCUGAAAGGAGUUCUGGAAGGGUUCAAGAAGAAUGAAGAAGCCUUGAAAAAAUGUGCUCAGGAUUACUUAGCCAGAGUUAAACAAGAGGAACAGCGAUACCAGGCCCUGAAAAUCCAUGCAGAAGAAAAACUAGACAAAGCCAAUGAAGAGAUUGCUCAGGUUCGAACAAAAGCAAAGGCUGAGAGCGCAGCUCUUCACGCUGGACUCCGGAAAGAGCAGAUGAAGGUGGAGUCCCUGGAAAGGGCCCUUCAGCAGAAGAACCAAGAAAUUGAAGAAUUGACAAAAAUCUGUGAUGAGCUGAUUGCAAAGCUGGGAAAGACUGACUAAGUUUCCCCUGUUAGUUCAGCAGAUCUGCAUUUGGCUGCUUCUCUUAUGGCCACAAGUAUCUUGCCUUAUCCAAGAAUAAUUGCCCCUUUGCAGAGAAACAAACUGACAAAAAGCACAUGCCUACUGCUGCCUGUCCCGCUUUGCUGCUGAUGCAACAGCCCUGGAAGAAACCCAAGUGUAUUGCACGGUCACGAAAGGAGUGGGAUCCGACAGGCCUAGAGUCUUUCACAGUUCUCCAUCAUAAGGUUCAGUUAAACAGGCUGCUAAGUUUUUGAGAUUUCUCUAUUUUUAAUUUUGUUUUCAAGUCAUCUUUACUUUUCCAAGUAUGUUAAAUUUGUGAUUAUGUGGCUACUGUUUGGGGUCAUCUCCUUUCUACCACCGGUCUGAUUAUUUUGUGGGUGACCUACUUAUUUAAUCUUUUGAAUUUAAUUUUCUCUAGUAAUUUUAUUUGAGGAGAUAAUUUGGCCUAUUGUUACCUCCAGUUUAUAAACAUGAAGGGACAUUGAAUACACUCAUUUAAACACACUCACACACACACAUAUUUAUAUACGCUCUGGUUAUUUCCUGAUGCAUAGUCAAAUAAGAACUUCUCUACAGAAGAAUAUACUUUCAUAUAUGUAAAACCCUAUUUUGAAACAGAGUCCGAGCUUAGAAUGCCAACUUAAGAAUUUGGGGGAUUGAAGAUGUGAACACUCCGGACCCAUGUCUCAUGUCUAGAGCAUUUUACCACAAUUUCUCAUUGUCCUGGUAUUUGGAUGCUCCUUAGCUUUGAUGGAUGUGGCCCUUUGGGGGUUAGUCCUCCAUUGAGAUAGUGUCCUCUUUACGUAUGAACAGCAGUGUGGGAAUCCGUCAAAGCUGGAGUUUUACGAGUCUGCCUUAGAGCUAUUUAAAUCUCCUCUGCUUCCAUUUGUUAAUACAAAAUCAACAAUUAAUCUUUAUUAUCUUUCUAUUUGAAAUAUGCAAAGAAAAUCUACUUGUAAAAGGAUUAGAUGAUCUUAUUAAAUUAAAAAGCAGUUGUAGCUCCAUUAGCAAUUACAAGGUGAAGUAACAGUUGCUUUUUUUAUAAGUGUAACGCAUUGUUCUUCAAAUAUUUCUUAAAAAGAGGCAAAAAAUCCUUUCAAACUUAAGUAGUUUAAUUUCUAACAAAACAGGCAAUAAAAAUCAUGUGAACCACUCCGAAAAUCAGUGCAUUUUGAAUAUCUAUAAACAAAGCCAAUCUAAUUGCUGGGGGAAAGGGAUUCAGGGAGAAGAUCCAUAUUAACAAAACUGAGUUCCUCAAACUCUUACUGGACUCAUUUCAGAAUGGUGGGAACAUUGAUCCCCACAUGGAAGUUUUCCAGGUAAUGCCAGCGAAUUCCCUUCCAUUUGAUGAACAAAACCAAAUCCACAAAAGUGUUUUUAAAGCACUGUUUUGUCUUAAUCUUAUACCCUGAAAUUCUUCAUGGUGAUAUGUACUAUAUUCAGUACAUGUAAGUUUUCCUACUUGUAAAACGGUUGCAUGAUCCAGCUUCAGCAAUGAAUUGUGCCUCGUAGAAAAGCUCUAUAAAUCUUAAAAAAUGACUUUUUCUUUAGCAGUGUUCUGUUCACAUGGGUGCAGCCUUUAGCCCUAGGGAGGUCAAUGUCUUUUAAGCCAGAAGUCACAUUUUACCAAAUGCAUUUAUCAUGUUUGGUGCUUAGGCUGUAUUUUAGAGCCUAUUGUCUUAAUAUUUUGUACAACAAAAGCGGAGAAAUUAUCCUUGGUUGGAGAAGUGACUUGACAAUCAUUUGGGCUUUGAAAGCAGUUACUGUGGCUUAAUGUAACUGCUGUACUAACAGUCAUAGUAUCAAGUAAAAGUGUUUCCAGUCAUUAUAACUGACUUCCUUUUUUAGCCAGGGUCCUCUACUUCUAGGGAAAUUGACUUCAAAUAAUGCAGAAAGAAGCAUUGCUAAACCUUUUGGCUGCUGUGUUUUGGUGAAAUGUCUGUAUUUACAAGUUUUAUAUGGAUCUCUUUUAAGCAUGAAAGGCUUAUAGCGGUCUUCAUUAUAAAUCCAUGGCCUUCUCUUUAAGCUUAUUGUGUAUUAAAAAAAAAUAGCUAUGUGUUAAAACAAAGGUGACGACAAUCCUUUGCUAGCACACUGGUAGAAGAGACUACUUAAAAACUAGACCCUAGUUCUUAAUGAAUGAAGUUGCUGAAAAAAGAAUACAAAAAGGGCCUUUGUCAAGUAAUAUUUGCCACUGACCUCUCAGCCAUGACCAUUACAUGGAAAUAGUCUUAAUUCUUAGUUAAUGGAUACUUUCCAACAAGAACAAAAAUGUACUUCUCCAGCUGGUAAGUCAAGAGAAUAUGCUGAGCAGAAUGAAGUACAUCCGUUUAGUUUAUUUUUCUUUAUAAAUAAGAAAAAAAAAAACCUUUUUGGAACUCUAGAGAGUAAGGAUAUAGUCUAGAGUUUUGCUUUAAAACAUGUGAAGUCCAAAUACUUGUUAGUUGGUCAUUAAUAAAUCCUGUUGCAAAUGUGAAACAGGAAAAAGUAAGGAGGCUGCUGGCUUAGAGUAUUAGAUGAUUUUGUUGAGAUUAUGGAUCCAGAGCCAUUUCUUUUGACUUUACCAAAGUAUAGAUAGUCAUUAUCCUAACAGCAUUUUAAUUGGAGAAUUUGAUGUUGGAGGGACCAAACGAUUUGUCGGUUGGUUGGCUAGUUGGUUACAGUCAGAUCUCCAGAGAUUUACUUUAUUUGGAGAAGCUGCUUAAAACUGGUAACCUACCCAAACCUUUUGUUCUGUAAAACAGUUCUGGAAAUAUUGAGAACCCCAGAUUUCUCACGUGGUUUCUCAUUUCUUCAGACCUAGCCAAAUUAGGAAGUGCAGAGGCACAUGAUAGUGAAAAACUCUGAAGAUUUGGCAGCAUUCCAGAAUAGUAUGGCAUCUGAGGGAAGAUUUACAUUUCAUUGUGGAGGAUAACUUAGGUUGAAUCUUCUUUCCAGCUAGUUACCCUUUCAACCUGUUCCAUACUUUGUACAUCUCUCAGACAAAUACUUAGAUAUUUAUUAAACAUCUCUAAAUUAGUUCUGUCUAGUUAUGAAGAGGGAGAAUAAACUGCCCCAAGUAGUUUCUGGGCUGACUCGUCCCCUAAAAGUAGCCGUCUUGAGCACUCACUUUAAAUAAAGGCAAUAAAGAGCUCAGUGGUGGCUCUCAAAGCUUCUUAGUAAGCAAGCAAAGUCACGUGCACAUUGAGUUGGAAAUGACCUUCAACACAUCCUUUUUUAAUGGAGUAAAAGUUCUAAGGCCACCUUCCCUCCCCUGCCCCACCUUUUUGAUUUUUCACUUCAGUUAGUAACUGUCUUGUAAAUUGUACGUGACUGUUGUCUCGUUGUAGUUUUGUGACUGUCUUAAGCCUGCUCUUGGGGUUUCUUUAUCCUUUGGUUGGGAAGAGAGAAACUAGGUGUUAAUAGUAGAUUAUUUACUUAUCAGAGAACAGGUAGAGUCUGGGAAUCCCAGUGUAUCAAGCCAAAGGUCCAAGAAGUCAUUUUCUUCACAGGUUUUAAUAAAGAAGUAUUUCAAGGAGACUUAAGCCCAAAAAGGUUUGAUUAGCUUCCACACUGCAGUUAUUUUAAAAAGCAAUUUGCCAUUCAAACCUUGAGUCUCUCAUAUAGUAAAGGGUAAGUAAAGGAAUAAAAGACCCUUUUCUCAAAGGAUCCUCUCUGGACAACAUAUGUGGCAGCAUUCUCCAGUGAAGACUCACUCCCAGUGCCAGAGCUUGCAUCCUGAAGACUAAAGAUUGCACUUUUUGUAGUUUUUCGUCCAAAUGCAAUCCCAGUUCUGUGCCUCUUAGCAUGCAGUUAGAUUUGGACAAACAAGAUUCCUAAGGAAUGACUUUAUUAACUAUAAUAUGGUUAUAGCUAUUAUAUAUAUAUAUUCUGGUUAGAGUUCUAAUAUGGAGAUUUUGCGUGUUCUGGCCUGUGGCAGUCUGUGUAAUGCUUUAACUCAUAUGGAGAAGGCCAGGCAGGGAGCUGAGGUGUGACCUCAACCUCCCCUGUAUUUCCUCUGGACUUUAGAACUGUAAAGAUGCCACUCUUCCCCCUCUGCCUUUUCGUGGUAUCUGAAAUCCACUCCAAAAAGUGUUUCCUAGUCAGAUUGUUAUCCAGUAUUCUAUGUUUAUGAAUAAUUUUCAAGAGGACUUAUAAAAUUUUGAACUCUGAAACAAAUCCUGGUCCAGAUACAGGGCAGUCUGUAGGCUACCACACCCACAGCCUCAGCCUCAAUCCUUCUCACCCACUGGAAUAGGAUCCAGGCGUUUCUUUUAAAUCUCAGAGGUAGCAGUAAACUUUUCAGUGUUGCUGUUAACAAGUGCGUGUUUGCCAAUAGAUAUCCAUAUGUACUAAUGUGCCAAUAAGUAAACGUUCGUUGCACAUCUGCUUCCACUGCGUCCUUGCAAGUGCCACAAAGUGUGUGAGAAUCCUCUCAUUUGGAGGAAUGAACACUGCAUUGACUACUGCUAUCAGGAUUGCGUUGUGUGGAAUAAUCAUCUACAUAAGUUUUAUAUGCACAAUAAUUUCCCUUUUUAUAUGUCAAGUAAAUAUUUGUAAAAGUUAUACUCACACAAAUGAAAUUAUUAUAAUGAUUACUAAUAUAUUUUUUCCAUGUUUCAUUGCCUGAAUAAAAACUGUUUACCACUGUUA